UGAGGCCAAAGUUACUAGGGUUUCAGUUGUGGAGAAAUGAUCAUUCACUUUCUAUAAUUGAAGACUUCGUAGUGGGAGACAGUUAUAAGCUUAUUCUCAAUCGGUAGUUGAACAGUUGAAGACUUCAAGCCGUACCUAAAAAACCUCAAAAAUCCAAUCGUGCGCGCGUUGCUCUACGAAUCUAAAUCUUAUCGAUUUUUUCAUUUAAUUGAUUGCAUCUGAGAGUUCGUGAAAACAAUUUAAUUUUUUCAAAAUGAAAUCCGUAAUUUGUUUAUUUGCUGUCAUCACCAUUGUUGCCUGCUAUCCACAACGUGAAGGAGCCGCCUACACAAAUGAAGCCAUCCGUCAGGCCCAGCAGACAUUCUUAAUACCCAAGGAUGCCCAAAUCCAACAGGUGCAAGAAGGAAUCGAAUUGGGAGCCUACGAACAAAUUCCCGGAAAUCAGAAGAUCAAUUUAUUCGAAAUUCUCGGUGAUCAAGUGCCAUCAGAAGUGAUUAACAAUUUACAAGCGCAAGUCGACCAAAUUGGAAGGAAUUAGGACUUACUAUUUCCUAUUUUCACUAAAUUAGUUGUCUAAUGAAUUGUUAAUUGUUAAUGUUUAAAAAAAAACCUUUUGUAUAAAAUUUUAUUAAAAAUCCGUUUUUCUGCUUGUGAUUGAGCGAAAAUCAAA